AUGGCUGAUGCAGAGGGUUCGAAGAUACCUGUUCGUGAUUCCUCUACCCGCGAGAUUGAACGCCUCAACGGGGUGUACAAGCGCAUUCUCAGCAACACGCGCGAGAUUGAGCGCCUCAACGGCGUAUACAAGCGCAUUCUUAGCAAUGCUAAUGUGACGCUGGUGGAGGGGCGCGGCAAGCUGGCAGGGCCGCACGCCGUGGAGGUGACGGCGCCUGAUGGGACGGUGAAGCAGAUGACCGCCAAACACAUCCUCAUUGCUGUUGGGGGGCGGCCCCACCUGAUUGAUAUUCCUGGCAAGAUCUCUCCGGCCUUCAAAGAGCACCCUACCUUAUUGUCCACACGAGCAGCACUCUCUGAUUCACGGUUGAUGAAUCUGCCACCCCUCAAUAAAUUCGCUGAUUCUUAUCUCCUCCAUCCCUCCAACUCUUCUCCCACUCAUCCCCGUCCCUCCUCCCGUCUCUUUCCCCCUUUCCCUCUCUCCCUCCCCCCCACUCUUUUUCUUACUCCUCUUUCUCUUUCUCCUCUCCCCUUUCUCUUCCCCCUCUCCCCGUUCUCUUCCCCCUCCCUCUUUCUCUUCCCCCUCUCCCCUUCCCCUUUCUCUUCCCCGUCUCCCCUUCCCCUUCCCCUUCCCCCUCUCCGCUUUCCCAUUCUCCAUCCCCCCCUUCUCUUCCCCCUCUCCUGCCCCGCUUUCCCUCCCACUCCCUCCCCCAAUCGCCAGGAGUUCGCCAUAACGUCAGACGAGGCGCUCAGCCUGGCGGAGUUCCCCAAGCGCGUGGUCAUUGUGGGCGCCGGCUACAUCGCAGUGGAGUUUGCGGGCAUUUUCCAUGGCAUGGGCGCUGAUGUGCAUCUCGUGUAUCGCCAACCCACGCCCCUGCGCUCCUUUGGGUGUGCUGUGCACUAUCCCUCUCCCUCUCCCCUCAUUGCAUCUCAUCCCUCCCCAACUCCUAAACCCCCACCCACAGAGACCGUGCAUCUAUCUCUGGGCCGCGCACCCAGCACGCACAACCUGGGCCUGGAGAACGCUGGAGUGGAGACGGACAAUAUUGGGGCGAUCAAGACCAACGUGCCGAGCGUGUGGGCUGUGGGAGACGUCACCAACCGCAUCAACCUCACGCCCGUGGCGCUCAUGGAGGGGCACUGCUUCGCGCGCACCGUGUUUGGCAACGACCCCGACACGCCCGACUUUGAGAAUGUCGCCUCGGCUGUCUUCUGGUCACACAUGCAAGUACUGUGCAUGCUUCCCUUCAUCCCGUUCCCCUGCCACCUCCCUCUUUCCAUUGCUGAGCUGAGCAUCCAGCCGGCCCUGGCAGUGCCAGCCGCCCCUGGCAGUGGUGGGUCUGACGGAGAAGCAGGCGGUGGAGAGGAGGGGGCAAGCAGUGCGCCACCCAAUGUUUCCUCUGCUUGCAUGAUUCCGUGCCUUUCUUUUCUCCCUAUCAUGCAGCCAGCCGCCCCUGGCAGUGGUGGGCCUGACGGAGAAGCAGGCGGUGGAGAACUCAAGCAGUGA